AUGACCAACGAUGUCAUCCGGAUUGUCGUCUGUGGAGACGAAGGCGUGGGCAAGUCCAGUCUGAUCACGUCUCUCAUCAAAGACACUUAUGUUCCCAAUAUUCAGAAGCUGCUGCCGCCAAUAACGAUCCCCAAGGGUUUCUCGUCUUCACCUGAUGCGCCAUUGUCGACUGUCAUCGUCGAUACACAGUUUUCCAAUAGUCCAGCAGAGGCCGAACAUCUGCACCGAGAGAUUCGACAGGCCAACGUCAUCUGGCUCGUCUACAGCGACCACUACUCGUGCGAACGGGUCUCCAUCUUUUGGCUGCCAUAUUUUCGAAACCUUGGAGUUAACCUGCCCAUUGUUCUGUGUGCCAACGUCUUUGACGAUGUCGAUAGCUGGAACUCGAGAGACAGCGAGCGGAUUAUCUCCGACGAGAUGAUUCCGAUCCUGCGUGAAUUCAAGGAGAUAGAAAGUUGCAUCCGAGUGUCGGCUAAGCUCAACCACAACAUCAACCAGGCCUUUUACCUGUGUCAAAAGGCUGUUAUGCACCCCAUCGCUCCGUUGUUUGAUGCGAAAGAAGGCAAGCUGAAACCCAACGCAGUUGCUGCGCUUCAGAGAGUGUUCUUCCUUAGCGAUAGAGACCAGGACGGUUACCUGUCCGACCAGGAAAUGCUGGAGCUGCAGGUCAAGUGUUUUGGACGAAGUUUUGAUGCUACUGAUCUCAUUCAGAUCAGAGCUCAGCUGGCCAAGAUCAACCCUGCUCUAGCUACAGAAAGAGGCGUAUCAGAGGAAGGAUUCAUUACUCUCAACCGUCUUUACGCAGAUAAGGGCCGUCACGAGACCACAUGGGGAAUUUUGAGAACGUUCCAUUACACCGACUACCUGUCUCUAUCUGAUCAGUUUCUGUACCCCAAGCUCGACGUGCCUGAAAAUUCGUCGGUAGAGCUAUCUCCAGAGGGAUACCGGUUCCUGGUGGAUCUCUUUUUGCUGUUUGACAAGGAUAAUGACGGUGGUUUGAACGACUCAGAGCUUAAGACACUAUUCAAGCCAACCCCUGGAAUCCCACAAAAGUGGCUGGAUUUCAACUUCCCCUACACCACCGUCCACGAUGAACAGGGCUCCAUCACCCUGCAGGGUUGGCUAGCACUGUGGAGCAUGACCACCUUUCUAGACUACAAAACUACCAUGGCAUACCUUGCUUAUCUUGGAUUUGAGGGUGACAACAGCAAGAAGCGAUUCAGUGGCUCAUCUGUGACCGUUGCCAUGACUACUGCCGCCGCUGCUGCUGCUCGUUUGACUGCUUUCAAGGUCACAAAGCCGAAAAAGCGACGAUCUCGACCUCGACCAUAUUACAGAGCCACUCCCAAUGAUAGAUCUGUGUUCAACUGUUUUGUGUUGGGCUCUCAUAUGUCUGGUAAGACAUCUCUGCUGGAAGCUUUCCUCAAUCGACCUUUGAUGACAGAUAUCUAUAAACCCACUAUACGCCCUGUGUCUGUAGUCAACUCGGUGGAAAUGACAGGAGGCAAGCAGUGCUACAUGGUGAUGGAAGAGCUGGGACAGCAGGAGGCGGCAGUCUUGUCCAACGCCGCUCGGCUGGAAGAAUGCGAUGUGAUAUGUUACACCUAUGACUCCUCAGAUCCAAACUCCUUCUCAUAUAUUGAUGGUCUGCGAAGAAAGUAUCCCGUGCUAGACACUCUUCCGUGUGUCUUUGUGGCUCUCAAGGCCGAUAACGAUAGACAGCAGCAGCGGUUUGACCUGCAGCCUGACGAGUAUACCAAACAGAUUCGAAUUGCGGCUCCUUUGCAUGUCUCUUCCAAGUGGCCCUCGUCGGUCACUGAGCUAUUCAUCCAGCUAGCAGAGGCUGCCCAACAGCCUGGACGAGGCCUUCCUAAUCAGGAUCCGGAAGAGGAAACUAACACUAUUAUGCCAUUUGCUCUAGCUGGGGGAGCUACAGUACUGCUGGCAGCUGCCGUAGCAUGGAUCUUCAAAAACGUUCGAGUUGCUGGCAGAGAAUAG